AUGGAUAAUUGUUCCGUUAUUAUUUUAAUUAAUUGUCGGUUAAAAAAGAAAUCUUUUUUCAGUUUUUAUAUGAUCAGCAGAAUACUUCUGAAAAUAAUGAUGGUGCAAAGUGUGCUCACUAAAAUAUCAGUAGAUGAUAUAAAGGAGGUUCAUGGGACAUUUAUUGGUGAGAAACAAGAUAUGAUUAUUAACCCAGAAGGACCUCUUAAUUUGCUCUGUGGAUAUAUUGGUCAUAGAAAUGGAUAUAUGCAUAAUAAACGGUUUUACUCCCCGGAAAUAGAGACAAACUAUGCACUCUCCAAGAAAAGACUAUCAAGCAGAAAUAAGCAAGAGUACAACUUUACAAGAACACCCGUGAAUGACAAAGUAUAUGAAGACUUAGACACAAAGACCCCAGAAGACAAGUAUCUUAGUACUUACCACAUGCAGUUAAUAAAGAUGUUUCCUUCUGUGAAUGGAGACCUUUCCAUUGAGGCAGGCAGAGCAGAUACACUUACGAACUUCUUAAGGGCAGAACACGUUAAGAAUCACACAAAAUACAUUCUUGCUUCACUUCUUCUUCUCUCAGAAGGCGUUGACAUUAAAAUAAAUAUAGACAAUACAGGAGAGAAAAAGAAGCUAGUGAUAAAAAGUAAAACAGACAAGGAGAAAGUGUUUGUGGAUGUAGAGAUGUAUGCUGCAGGUAUAGAUCCAUUUACUAAUCAGCACAGUGAUAAAAUAACCCAAAAAGAAGCAUCUGAAAUUGUCAACUUCUACAUACGCUGCAGAGACAAACAAUUUCUAAAGAAAGAAGGCAAAUUUGCAAUGCCAGCCACAAGAGAAGACUUUGAGAGUGGAUCAUUUCUUAAUAAUGCAGCCUUCCUUAUACAGACGUAUAUAUACGAGUUCAUUGACACAGCACAAGGAUACAAAGAAUUUGUAGAAGCAGUGUAUGAAUUACUGGUUGAUCAGAUGACUAAAGAAAACAGUUUGAGUGGAAAGAAGAAAGAUAAAAAGAACAGAAUAUUCAGUAAAUUAUUCUUAAGCAAGGACACACUUAGUGAGAAUAUAAAGUACAUUAGAUCUCUCUGUAAUCUUGUCCAAGCCAAAAAUGAAAAUGCUAAAUUUCCAUUUUAUAAUUCUAGUCAACUGCCGCAGUACACUAGAGUGCCACAAUUCAAAAUUGACAGAACUGGAUUUGAAUCUAGCAAAACCAUGUACUACAGUAAUUGUGUAGAGACAGCCCUUCUUGGUCUAUUUUGCUGCCUGGCAUACAACCCAAAGACAAAAAAGUACGAAACUAGUCACAUGGGUGCAGGAAUAAGUGAUGAGCUGAAAGAGUUCUUUAAAGAAUAUUCUAGACCCACAGAGACCACAGACUUUGAAAUGCACAAGAAAUGGAGCAAGGUUGUUGCUUGCUUAAAGAAUGACAAGAUUAACUACAAGCAGACUAAAAAUGAACUUAUAUCUGGGGUUGCAAAUAUAUUCUUGGCAGUUGCAGAGAUAACAGGAGAGAAGAAAGAAAUACUAAAAUUAGUCAAAUACAUUGAAGAAGUCUGCAAGAAAGAAGACUUAAAUGAGACUCAGACAGAAAGAAUCACAAAUAUGAUGGAAUCUAUCAUUAAAACACUCUCUUAUAAUAAAGACGUGGAAGUAGAGUGUGCUAGCAUGGAAAUUGGUGAAAGAUCAAAUGGUAACGUGGAUAUUUUCACUGAAAUCAGUAUUAAAUAUACAUUUGAUGGGGUAGAGAAUGGAAUUAGUUUGGAUGUGGAAGAAGGUCAUACAGGCCUAACACUCCUUGCUUUGUCACCAUGUGAAUCUGUGCAAAUCCAAGAGAAUUACCAAGAAAUAAGAAAUAUUUAUAAAUCCAUGGACAGUUACACAGGAUAUAUUGUCACACAGUACGUGACUGCAGAAUUGAACAAUUUUAAAAAAAACUGCUUCACUCACUUAAAUGAUUUUAAAGAGAAGAUAGACACAAUUUUAAAUGAAAAAACAAAAAAUAUCUGUAAAAUGUUCUUAAUUGGGAAACUCAUCGAUACAGAUAGAAAGAUGGCUAUUAUUGAUGCAUUUAUGAUCUACACAAUAGAAGAGUAUUUGGCACCAAAUGAUCCUCUUACUCGCUUCACUUCAAAUAUCCUGGGAAGUCUUACAUUAAAUGAUUCUAUUACAUGGUGCCAGGUGAUAAAGAUGCUGCCCUUCCAUGGAAACUGGCAGAAAUACUUCCCUAAGCUUGGAUUUAAGCCAGGUGAGCAUCUUUCUGAAGUUGAAAUAUUCCAGCUUGAUUUAUCUUAUGUCUACCAGAGUAUAGUAAUACAUUAUCCAGUGUCUUUUUCAGUUAAAACCUUGUGCAACUAUCUAAAAAUAGAUAUGGUUAAUAGAAAUCUGCACUAUUCCUUGUUGUACUCAUCAGCAAACAGAGAACUCUUUAAUACUAUACAGAAUGAAGGAAGUAUCAGGGACUUAUUGGAAAUUAGGUCUGUAAUUGAAGAAACCAAGAAGACAGAUGACUUAGGAUGGACUAACUUCGUGUAUAUCUCUUGGUUUAUCCAUGCAUGCACUAAUUUGCGCCCUACGUCUUCAGAAUUCCUUAAGUUAACGUACAACUUUAUAUGCAAGGAUGACUUACAAAGCACAGACCGGUUCAAGGACGGUUUAUUCGAUUCGCACAUAAAAAAGACCUUUUAUACUUUGAAAGAGAAGAAAUCUCUUUUAUGCUCUGAGGAUGACAUUAUAAGUGUAAUUGCCUAUAGUAGGCUACUAAAUUACUUUGAAUCAUCUAUUUCACCAGAAUAUUUAAAUAAUCCCAUUCAAGUCAGAUGGAGAUACAUAAUAUAA